CCUCAGGAAAAGGAGAAAAGAGCUGCAGGUACACGGCACGAACAUUUAAUCCAAAUGAUGUUUAUCUCUUUCUAGCUCUGGUGCUAAACAGCUGGUUGUUACAGCUGUUCACUGGGAGUUUGUGACUCUGAUUUCUCUACGUCUGAUGCUCCUAAAGCUGCAGUUAUUCAUCUUUUAGAGACUCGCCAACAACUCCAUGUUUGAAAAUGUUAACCAGCUGGUUAACCUUCACAGCUUUUCUGGCUGCUUCACUGAAUCCAGGAGCUGCUGGACGUGGACGUGAGGCUCUGACGUUUGCACCGAGUCGCUCGAUAACAGUUCGACCAGAUUCAGAGUUGACUUUAAACUGUGGAGACGAAAAGGACGCAGGUGAGGUCCAGUUCUGGCACACCCCCUUCGGAGACCUGCAGACCCCUGGUUCUGGUUCCCCCGCUGACCUGGAGCCGGUCUUCAUGCACAGCGACGGCCGCCUGGUGAUCCCCAACGCCAGCGUCCACCACAGCGGCCUGUACUACUGCCUCCUGCGGCAGCCAGGGGGCGCCACUCUGUGGCAGUACGAGCUCCACGUCGUCGGCCCCGGCGCCGGGUUCGGGUCCAGGCUCAGGAGGGACGCCGGGUCUCUGAGGGCAGGGGAGGCCGGCGUCUCAGGGGGGACGUUUGCAGGAGCCGUGGCGGCUUCGGUGCUGCUGACGUUUGUGUUUGGCUUCAGCCUCGGAGCUCUGACCAGGACACAUGUCCUCAGGUGUUUAGGGGCCGUCCGUAGGAGGCUGCGUCGGUCACCACGGCGACGCCAGGGCGACGUACCGGAUCACCAGGUCACCGUGACGACCCUGCCUCCCAUGUACGACAACCAAGGCCUGGAGAUGGAGCAGGAGACGAGAGACGAGUCCGCGGACGGAACCAUGACCCCGUCACCUCCCGCGAAACCUCGAAGGAGCUUCAAGCACAAUCGAGAGGCGGCGGCGGCGGCGGUGGUGGUGGCGGCCACAGCGGCGGAGGAGGAGGAGGAGGAGGAGGUGCAAACGACGGCCUAUCUGGAGGGAUGUGGCAACAGGUUGGAGGAAGUGGAGGAGGAGGACGAGGAAGAGGAGGAGGAGGACGAGGAAGAGGAAGAGGAGGAAGAGGCAGGAAGAGGGAUGGAGGAGAAGGAAAGCAGUAGUGAGGAGGAGGAGGAGGAGGAGGAGGAGGAGGAGGAAAGGGAGUCUAGUGGUUUCUAUGCGUUAGAAGAUGGAGCGAGUCAAACUGAAACAGACGAGGAGAAAGAUGGAAGAGAGACAAGGAUGGAAACGUUUGAGGAGGAGAAAGAAGGAGAACCAGACUCUGAUCAUUCGCCCUCAGACUCAGAAGAAGAAGAAGAAGAAGAAGAAGAGCCUCCCUCCUCCUCCUCCUCCUCCCCUCUCCAUCCGGGCCACCGUAGUCGUGUUAUCCGUCUCUACCAGUACGACGAGGACGGCCGGAGGUACGACCACCUCCCCGAGGACCCGCCCCCCGAGGACCCGGGUCCCGCCCCCCUGCUCAGGCCGCGCUCCCGCUCCCUGACCCGCCUCAACGCCAUCAUGGCCGCCGCCUCGGCCUCACCCCUGGACGGGGAAGGGACGAGCGAGGGGAGGUCGCACUUCCACAUGGCGAUAUGACAAAACAGAGGCCUGGAAAAUCCUAAAUUACAAAACAAAUAAAUUAAUAAGUAAAAAUGUUCUUGUUUUUUUCCAGAGGAUCAAAGAAAAAAAUCUGAAAUAACAACUGAACUCGUCCUGUUUCUUCUUUGGUUUCUUUCCUUUGAUUCAACUUGUUUUUUUACUGCUGAAAUAAAUCUUGAAACUGUUUAAAUUUGUGGUUGUUCUUUAAAAGGUGUUUCAGCAGUUUCAGUUUUUUAAUUAUUAACCUGAGCCCUUCACAGUUUGUAAACAGUGUGAAGUUUUUUGAGGGGCGGAGCUUAACUGGAGGCAAAACAUCUCAAACAACAGUUUAUUUCAAUGGACGGUUUUGACACGGACUCUAUUCACCGACUCCUAAACUCUCACUCACUGGACGAUUUGAUCUAAGGACACAGAAGAGACGAAGUCUGGUCUGUCUUCAUCGAGUGAAGCCUCCGUAUAUUCUCAGCCGCUAACAUCAUGAUGUCACACUGACGUAGGUAUUUACUUGGAGAAAUUUCACUGACAAGUAGUAUUUUUUAGUUGUUUUUUUUGAAAAUUUUGAUUUGUUAUUAUAUUGACCCUGAUAUUUAACAAUUUCAACAAAUUUACACCAAUAAACUCUUUGUUUCAAAGUAAGAACAGAUUUCUACAAACUAAUGUCGUUUAAAAAUAUUUUAUGUAACAUAAUAAAAAAAAAAACAUCAUUUAUGGG